GCACCUGUCGUCUCGUCAACAUCACCGGACCAAGGGUCCACACAGCUGGAGAGUAUCCCGGUUCGUACAAGUAUGGAGCCUGGGGUCGGGAUCCCAAACCAGAGCCGGGGAAGGAGAGUUGGCAUUGGAGGGUGAUGUUGACGUCCAGCAACAGAUACGCUCAUUACGUCCGUCUCUACUCCAGCCUGAGCUCUCUCAUUGUUGGUAUCAGUGUUCCAGGAAAUGUUCAGAUCCAUCCGUCUAACCCGACCACCAACACCAUCCAGGGACCGAAUGUGGUUCUGUAUGCAGGGGCCUUGUACUACAACUGCUACAACAAAGAUGCAGUUUGUCGAUUCAACCUCACCUCCAAAGGUGUGACCUCCUUGGAUUUACCCAAAGGAACCAGGUACAACUCAAAGGGUGAUUUCUGCCACCUUGAAGAGUGCUAUCCGUUCACGGACCUGGACCUGGCCACAGACGAGUCGGGUGUCUGGGUGGUCUACACCACCACCCAGGACCACGGGAACCUAGUUCUAUCGAAGGUGGAGGAGAGUGAGCCGCCGAAGCUCAGCAGAACCUGGCGGACUUCAGUCUACAAGCGAAGCGUGACCAACACCUUCAUGGCCUGUGGCGUCCUCUAUGCUACACGUUUUGUCAGCAAAAACACAGAGGAGAUCUUUUAUUCUUUUGAUACGACGACAGGAAAGGAGAAUUUCAAAGUUGGCAUCUUCAUAAAUAAGGUGUCUUCUGACAUUCUGUCCUUGAACUACAGUCCAGUGGACCAGAUGUUGCAUGUGUACAGUGAUGCCCAAAUGCUCUCUUACAAGGUUUUGUUUCAAAUGAGGUAA